CUCCUGUGGUCACUGCAAGACAGUGUAUGAUACUGAAGACCGAGCGUCACUGUGUUUUGUACGCCAUCUUGCACAAGAUGCUUGGAAUGCAACAUAAUCCAGUGAAAUGGAUUCAACCCCUAUAGACUCACAGUUGCAUACCAGUACAUCAGAACAGUACAGUGGCCAGCGGCAAACACCGUGGACAGAAGAUACUGUCGACAUACUGCUGAGAGCUGUGAGGGAUGCAUUCCCACGUUUGGAUGGGAAGCUGGAGAAGAGAGACCGUGUGUGGCGUGACAUUUUUGCUGUUGUUUCACCUCAACCUCAUCAUGUGGAUUUAUUAACAUUAGUGGUCCCUGGGGCUACUAUGCAACAGUGUAAAGUGAAGUGGAAAAAUUUAAGGUAUGCCUUCAUGCGUUAUAUUGAAAACAUGAAGACAACAGGAGCUCGUAAACUGCAUGUACCCCAGGGAUACGAUCUUCUUUGUUCAUUCCUUGGUGAACGACCCAUCACACACCCUAGAACUGAGAGGUGUGGCCUUGAGAAUGAACAAUUACGUGAUGCUCUAGUUACAGGAACCACAACUAUCAAGACUGUAACUCCUGUUGCAGGAGCCUCAGGUGUCAGCAGGAUUGUCACUCCUGUUGCAGGACCAUCAGGUGUCAGCAGAGCUGACACUCCUGUUGCAGGACCAUCAGGUGUCAGCAGGAUUGUCACUCCUGUUGCAGGACCAUCAGGUGUCAGCAGGGCUGACACUCCUGUUGCAGGACCAUCAGGUGUCAGCAGGAUUGUCACUCCAGUUGCAGGACCAUCAGGUGUCAGCAGAGCUGACACUCCUGUUGCAGGACCAUCAGGUGUCAGCAGAGCUACCACUCCUGCAUCAAUGUCUGAUCCUGAUGACCCGCCACCAUUAUUAAAUAUCCCUGAAGUGAGGCAGUCAGUUAAGAGGAAGAAAAUAAGACCACCAUCACAGUCAAAAAGAUUUGAAUUAAUGCAAAAGGAGAGUUUAGAACAGGUGAAAGCCUCUAGGAGUAAAAUGGAAAACUUUUUGGCAAUACAGGAAGAGUGGAUUAAAAAGAAGGAAGAGGCAAUGGAAAAGAAUAGAAUGUUUCAGGAGGAAGUCCUUAAAAACAAGAAAUUACUGGAAAUAGAAGAAAAGAAAUUAGAAGUCCUGAAAGAGUUGCUUGAAUUGCAGAGAAAUAGAAAGAAAUAG